AUGACUCAGAAUAUGCUUGAUCAACUUGAUAUGCUCUAUCUUACAUUAUUUCAACUGGACGAUAUCGAUGACCAACUAUGUUCGACAUUACAGUCUAAACUUGCCGCUCUUGGUGAUCAGAUUCCGAUAUUACAAAGGCUCGCUUCGUACUCCAAACUGGUGAAACAGGGCAGUGAUCUUCCUGUUAGACGAAUUAAUUACAACAUUAAAAAGCUUUCCGAAAGUUGCAAACCAAGGUGGAAUGAGAUUUUGAAGUUGAACUGUGAAGCCAUUAUCUUCUUCAUGAUAGCUUUCAAUGGUCUGAGCUCCCUUCCCGACCAAGAGUUCUCCUGGCUUGCUCGAAAUCUUGAGAAUUAUGUGGAGAAAAGAGCAUUUCCCGCUCAUUGGAUUUUACGUGAACAAAUCCGGAAAGUUGUGUCAAACACCCCCAGGAAGGAUAACACAAAGGCUUUUCUUGCGAAGUACAAUGUAGAAGAAAUGAAGUGGUGUGAAGACCCAGCUGCUAUCGAUCCCAUACAAUCCGUUGUUGACAACAGAGUUGAUGACAAAAUCUCAUCCUGCAAGGGCGUGGGUGGUGUCGAUGUUGAAGAGCAUGGAAAAAAUGCACAUCCGUUACAAGAUGAUACCGAUCUCGAACCAACUGUCCAGAAAGCAACCUCGACAACGUCAUAUGAAUCAGAUUUGAAUGUGUUUUCUCAUGCUCCACCACUUACAGCCUCAGCUUCCCUGCAACAAGUGAUGACAACCGAGCACCAUCAGCAAGACGUGGUGCAACAUACGAGGAAGCAUACCACAGAAAGUGUCACCCAUGAAGAUGAAGAUAGACAAGAAAAAAUAAAGUUAAUUAAGCGAAGCAACGGUAAGCGAUAAUAACGCCAUGAUAUGCACAAAGGAUGCUGAUAAAAGAACAGAAAUUGACUAUAAAGGAUCAGCCAUGCCGGCUAGUAACCUUCCACUUCUGAUUCAACGCCUUCCAACAGCCAUGGAAGGCAGCAAGCAAUGGAAAUGGGAGCGAAAAUUCUUCGCAAACAACGUGAUGAGACCGCGGGAAGUCGGUAUAGACAGAACCGAUUGCCUGAGUGUUUUUGUCCCAAAAGAUCGAAAUCAUGAUGUAUCCAUUACAUUAGUGGUCGGAUACGAAGCUGGAGUAGCGUUGAUAUAUGAUAUGGGGGCACAAAUUAUUCGCGUGUGAUUGUUGCAGUUGCUCCAAUCACCGGAGCUGCAAUUACAACAACACGAUGUCCAGCAGGGACAAUUGCAGUAAUUUCGUUUUCGGGGUUGCCUUCAGCCUUGAAAUAUGGAGGGGUUGCAUAAUCGACUGUUGGAUCAUAAAUCUCUAUUGACUGGGCUUUUCCCUUAAUUUUCCUUUUGUAGUCGACUUCGCGAAAGAGUAUAGCGCCUUUAGUCUCGUAUGUGAAGCCCUCCUCUGCAAUAAUCCCAAAUUCUUCUGUCAUCUUGGAUGCUCGUGAUUCGUGAUCGUAUACGAAUAGGUCGGUAGAGUAAUUGAGUGCGUGAGACUGGUCUCCAAAAUCGUAGCGAGGGAGUUUGCGAGAAGUACUGAAGACAAGCAGUUAGAACGCAACACUGUCCACUGCACAUGGUAUAGAUAAAUUUGAAUUCCGUAGGAGGGGCACGUAACACGUGACAAAAAAUUUCGCGGCCUGAUCGGGUAGAGAGACGCGAGAUGGCACGUGAUUGGCAAAAUUGUAGAUAGCGUCCAAGCACAUGCCUGAGAUUCAAGUUCCUCGUGGAAAGUCACCUUCUCGUGGUGAGGGACGUCAGUAAGUUGGACUGCAAGGUCUAGCUGAAGCUGAGAACUUUCCAAAUCGAAACUCUGGUGAAACCUUUAUUGGUUGGGAUGACGCGGCGGGAGCCUUUCAAAAGAAACACGUCGGCAACUUCACAACGUCGACGACCCUUCGAACAACUGACCUGCCUACCUGCAGCCGAUUUUUCUCACAGUGACUCACCUGCCCUCGGUUCGAUUGCAUGUCGAUUCGUCAGUCCUUCGUCUGCAAUCUGGUGUUGCCACCAGCGAGGCAGUCAGCUACUUCGGGCGUUAAUAUGAGAAGUACUCUUGGUAAAUCGCUACUGUGGGAAGAGGUUCACGAAACUAAUCGAGAAUGGACACGUGGGGGGUCCGGUGUCUCAGAGAGAUGGGUUAUUACUUUUGGAGAAUAUACAAUAACAAAAAGGAAACGUUCAGGAUAUAACGUAUGGGCUCGAGGGGUUUUUGCAGCCGGUACAGCUCUUUCUUUCGAAAUGAGACCAUGACCACAAUGUAUCCAAAAAUAGCGUAUAGGUGCCCUUUAGGCUUGAUGCAUCCGAGCGUAAUGAAUCUACUACUAGACUAGUAUGGAACCGGGGAGGCUUUGCUUUCAGCCACGUGUCUGUUUAAAUAGCAUCGAAACACUAUUCAAUAUGAAAACAUUGUUCUAUUCGCAGC